AAUUGGUUCACAAUGAAAUUUUAUUUAAUUUUAUGUUUAACGUUUAUUCUGUUUUUUUCACUUAAUGCCAAAAUCUAUUUACCCGAAAUCUCUAAAAAGCAUGGACCUCUCUAUCAAGGCAUACGUUUGCUUAUUUUGAGCGAAAAACUCAAUGCUGAACUAGCCUGGAAUGACACCCAACUUCAAAUUGAGGAAAAUUCUGCUGUUCUACAAAAAGCCCACGAUUAUAUAAACAAUUACGAAAGAAUAAUCAAUGAAAAACUUAAUCAACUUAACAAUCCAGAACAUUCGGAUGAGGUUAAGAAAUGCUACAAACAAUACGAAAGACAAAUUGCCCGUUUUAAUCGUGAUCUCUUAGAAAAUUAUUUUGCUUGUAAACAGGCUCUCAAUUCUAGUCUUUCACAGUUAAGAAAUGAAAUUGUCCAGGAAAUUGAAUAUAUUCAUGAAGCUGCCAUUGAGAUACAGGAAUUGGUAUAUGAAUGUAAUGUCACCGAUUUAAAAAGAGUCGAUCGUGAGAAUCAUCAUGCCGGUGUGACACUUUGUGUUCUCUCACGGUUGGGAGAGAUCAAUCAACAUAUGCUGGAAGCGUCCCAAGUUUCUCUAAACAUAUUGGCUAGAUUGAGCAUUAACCAGGAGGAUAGUGAUCAGUUUGAGGAAAUGCAAGGAAAGACUACAAAUAUUUGCUUAGAUUUUCAAUAUUUAAGAGAUGAAUUUGAAGCGAUUUAUGAGAAUGUUAUGUUGUGUGUAAAGAAAAUUUAAUAAAUGUUGGAAUUGCCAAGUGCUGUCAGGAUAACCUAAA